AUGUCGACAGACGUGCUGUUCGCACGAAUCGCGAUGCUGCGUGAAAAUGGAAUGUUGACCCCCGUCGACGAAGCUUUGAAAUCGAAACUUUCGUCUUCAACCAUCCGGCAGAUGUACCUCCGCUUCGGGCCCUCGACACUCCUGAAGUGCACAUUCUGCCAUCCGGACGACACGACAACAUACGUGCUCUACCACCUGCCCGUUAACGUGCUGUUCCCACAUCUAUUGCACGUCCUUCUCCUCGGGAUUGCGACCUCCGAGACCGUCUCAGGAAUUGAGGCGCACCACUGGCGGCGGGGCGCACUCGCCGGCGCUCUCCUACUGUUCGCACUCGACACGUACCUAACAAGCUUCUUCGCCCCACUCACCGACACCUCCACGCCCGGCCCAGCAGGCCUCUUCUGGCUCGCGGCAACGCUGCGCUCAUUGACACUCUGCGCCUUCGACGCCGGCGUGGCGUUCCUGAUCUACGCGUCCGCGACGCGGCGAUUCCUGCUCUUCAGCGCGGCCUCGUCCGCGGACCCGGAGCUCGCGCGGCGCCGGAACGACGAGAUGCUUACUAAUGCGAAUAUUGCACUGCAGAUGGCGGCCACGAAUAUACGGGCGUAUUCAGUGGCGAGGAAUGCUGUGCUCCGGAAUGAGACUCUCAAGGCCGCGGAUGAUGAGUACUGGCGUGCCGUGGUGGCGUUUGAGGGCUCUGAGGGCGAUGAGAGCCUGUUUGAGGAUGACGAGGUUCAGGCUGCCGUGGCGGCUGCUUAUGGGACAGGGAAGAUCGAUGUCCAGACUAUGAGGAGGGAGACCGAUGCCUUUGUGGCUAAUGCUACCAAGAACCUGUAA